UUUAAAUAUACAAAACUGAUAUAGUAUCCAAUAAUUAGUCGUCAGUCGAUCUGUUUAUUUUACAAUUCAAAGUUCUAUUCAAAUUCAGCUCUGAUACUAAAACGAAAUCCAAAAUGGUCAAACAGUCAUGGAAACAUAACAUCGCCGACGAUGUGAACGAUGAUAAUGCACUGCUGAUGGCUGUCGUCCAACUGAGCAUUUCCCUGGGUGACUACGCCCACGAUGUGCUUACUUCCUUGGCCAUCCUAAAGCAGCCACCGUCCCCAAACCUAAUGGACGGUCCCUCCGAGAUCGAUCUUAUCGAGCAGUUUCAGCAAAAAUUCGACGAGCUAAGCCAAAUGGCGAAUGCUUACAGUAACAAUGUCAACAGUCACUACUUUAUUCAUGUGCACAAGCACCUAAAGACUCUGGUGCAGGAUGAGCUACAGCGAGUUCAGCUCCUGGAUCACUUGUACAAGCUUUUCGAUGCUGCCCACCCAACGGUCGGGACGCCCUAUGAGCAAACCCUUGAGGACCUGUUUGGUUGGUAGAGCGUGGGUCCUGAGUCGAAUGAUGGCAACUCUGACUGUGAAAUGGAAAAAGUGUAACAAGUAUUUGAGGUUCAGAAGAGAAAGUGUUAAAUAAAUU